CUAAUAGUGUGUACAAGAAUGAUGUUCUUCAGAUAUGAAAACAAUCGUUUAUCGUCAACAACCCCUUACCGUAGUAGGGAUUUCAGGGCUUGACUCUAUGAUUGGUAUAUCAUCAUGCGAACAGUGAAGUAAACAGCAAGACGAGAUGUAAACAAGGGAGUCCGGCCCCUGCGACAGGGCUUCUGUGCUCGGCUCCAUGUGAAGCCAACACGGUGCACCGCUUUACCAUAAGCUACAGACUCUGGAAGAUAAAAAAGAAGUGAACUCCUCGCCUCAAGAAUGAGCCCCAUUGAGUUACCCAGUCCCUGCAAGGGAACCAGGCAAUCGCAUGACUAUCCAAACACGACGAAUGGCAACCCAGAUAAACCCCUCUCCGGCACCCAGCUAUACCACCAUUGUUUCCACCAUGGAAGGCGUCGGAUACAAACAGGAUACCGGGAGGGAAUAGGGCAGUCAGCCGCUAUCGAAUUGCUUCUAUGGCGGCGCGUUUCCGCAAUGCCUGACCGAUAUGAAGGUCAGGAUGUCCGGGGACUUUCUCCCAAAGCCAUUGCCUCUCUUGAGGAGAGGAGAAUAUCCCGCUAAGAAUAUUCUGUGUGUGAGCUUUGAAUGCGAUCCUUUGAGCGAGAAGUUGGAGAGAGAAAG